AUGAGAGGAAAACUAGAUAUCCGUUCCCAUCGCACACAUGCAUCUGCUCCUGUUUUGUUGGAGGCUGUCUCUAUGUCAAUGUGUGAAUGCGUACCUGUCGCUGACAACUCAACAGACACUGCACGAUCGAUCAAACGCGUGGCCGAUACGUCACAUGUGCCGCGUCAGCUUUCGUAUCAUACAUGCUCUCUCCCGUCAGUGUACCCAGCACUUGAUGAUAAUAGCACUUUGGCUGCUGCAUCAGAUUCGUCCAUUCUUUCGAAAGCAUCAAGACGUGCGAGCACCGCAUCUCAAAAUACAUCGUUUCAUGUGGGUCACGGGUCCAGUUCCGAUCCUGAGUCUGUCUCCCGUCGUCUAUCUCAAGUGACGGUAGAAGGACCUUUUACGUGUAUGCAUGAGGGUAACUCCAGUCUGAGCUUGUCUCCUGUUGAAAGGAAGAGCUCGCGGUUGUUAGCCGUAUCGCCGCUGUCACGCUCACCCACGAAUGUUGACGCGGGUGGAUGCGACGAACGGUCAGUCAUGGCAUGGCACUCAUCCUCAGACGCUUCGGACGUGCUUGUUGAGUGUAAUUCUGAAUAUUCUGAGAGCUCCUCUUCCUCCAAGCGCAAGAGCUUCUUAGAGCGCAACAGACAGGCAGCACUCAAGUGCCGACAACGUAAGAAGGCAUGGCUUGCAUCGUUACAGGCUAGAGUCGACUUUCUCGAGAGUGAGAAUAACUCGCUUCGCACGACUGUCGAAGCACUGCGCUCAGAAGUUGUUUUUCUCAAGUCUCAGCUUAUUCAUACCCAUGCCAUGGGCACUACCAUGUCGGAUACCGCGCCGAACGAAUCAUUGCCAAGCUUGUCACGCUCCUCCAUGUCUACCGCUGCCCCUUACGGUAGCGUGCACUUGGAGCCGAGUCCGGAGUUUGGCGAUAGCACACCAGCAGCGACAUCGUCGUCAUCUCCAUCGUCUAUGGCAACGACGCUUAUGCCUCCUAAUCCACUGGUCGUCUACGCUACGGAUCCGAAUUUCUCGCCUCGCGUCCUUUCUUCUCAGGCUGUAACGCACGGUGCCGGCAUCCCAUCCAUCACUCAUCCUAUGGACGGCUACGAUGCUAGAGACAUGCACAGGUUUGUUCAACUUAGGCCCAACGGAGCGAUGGCUUCUUCUUAUGCGGCAUCAACUCCGUAUCUCGCGUCGCGAUCCUUCAACUAG